AAUGUGUUUAUUGACAUACUCUUCCUCCAUUCCUUACACAUGAAAUUCCUUUCUUCUCAUUCUUGCAUUUAUUCUUCCUUUCUUUUGAAUACACAAAACAGAUUUAUUAUACUACCUCUGUUUUUUCCCCACCAUUUCACACGUACAAACCAAAAAAAUAGAAAAAUUUAGUUUGGGUCUAUUUUGACAUGGUAGAAAAUUGAAGAGCUUCAUUUUGAUCAAAUAAGGAGAAGAGAAAAAAAGGAAAAUUUCAAGUUUGUAAUUCAGGAGGCUGAUGAUCUGCAUUUUGGCCAACAGUAAUCAAGAUUGAUCAAGAUUUACGUACAAUUUACCCUCACCAGAUAAAUAUGGUGAUCGUGAGACGGAUACUAGCCUGCUGUACAAGAAACAGAGAGAUUAGUAUUGACUUUGGUGAACAAGAGAGAAUUACAACGUAUGAUGGCCUCGAGAGCUGCAUACUUAACAGUCAGUCAUAUGACAAUGAAAGUGCCAAUAGCAGAGUUGAUGUGAUGGUUACAGAUUCUUUAUAUGAUGACGACUCAAGCAGCUCUUCUAGCAACAAUGUUUUUGGAUCAUUUUCUACUCACUGGACAACGAGUCCUCAACAUUUUUAUGUGAAAAAAAAAACUGGUUAUACAACACAACUUUCAGAUGUGGAAACAAUGAAAGAAAAAUUCGCAAAGUUGUUGCUCGGGGAGGAUGUGACCGGAGGAAGCAAGGGGAUUUCCACUGCAUUAGCAUUGUCCAAUGCCAUUACAAAUCUUGCAGCAUCUGUAUUCGGAGAGCUGUGGAAAUUGGAGCCACUUGCAGAGGAACGAAAGAGGAAAUGGAGAACGGAAAUGGAUUGGUUGCUCUCUCCUACCAAUCAUAUGAUUGAGUUGGUUCCUGCUAGACAAAGUGGUUCGAAUGGCCAAAGAUUUGAGAUAAUGACACCAAAAGUUCGUGCAGACAUCCAUAUGAAUCUUCCAGCACUUCGGAAAUUGGAUUCGAUGCUUCUUGAAACGCUGGAUUCAAUGGCUAGUACUGAGUUUUGGUAUACGGAAGUGAGUACCCGAGCAGAAGGAAAGAGUCCAACGUGGUGUCUUCCUUCACCCAAGGUACCCGUAGCUGGGCUCUCUGAUGUCGAAAGAAAGAAAUUGGUGAAUCAUGGAAAAUUGGUGAAUCAAAUAUUCAAGGCAGCAAAAGCUAUCAAUGAAAAUGUCUUGGCUGAAAUGCCUGUUCCAACAUUUAUCAAGGAUGCACUUCCUAAGUCUGUCAGGACAAGCCUCGGGGACGAUCUUUAUAGGAUCCUGACUACAGAACCAACAUCUGCUGAGGAAAUGUUCAAUUCCUUGAGCUUGAAAUCUGAAAACAGCGCGCUUGAAGUUGUUAACAGGUUAGAAGGAUCCAUUCUUGUUUGGAAAGAGAGAAUAACUGAUCAAGCUAGCGGAAAAUCUCCAGCUCGAAGAUCUUGGUCUUUCGUAAAAGAUCCAAUAUCUGAGCUAGACAAAUUGGAGGUCUUAUUGAUCCAAGCAGAAGCUCUAGUGCAACAGCUGAAAUUUAAAUAUCCUAAUCUACCUCAGACAUUCAUCAAUGUCACAAAAAUCCAGUAUGGCACGGACAUUGGACAUUUAAUACUAGAAGCAUACUCUCGGGUUCUCUUAAACUUAUCAUACAACAUUCUUACACGGAUAGGAGAAAUCUUGCAAGUAGAUUUUUCGAGCAACCUCAACUCACCAGCAGCUACUGGCUACUCGAGUUCUAUAUUGAGUGAUGAACCACUCGUUGGACAUUUCAGUGACCCCUAUAAUACAAAUGCUUCCAACUAUGGACAUUGCAUUGGCAGGGAAGCUUAUAGCAGCAUGUCUACUGCAAAUUCACCUUAACAAGGAGAAUUUUUGUGCUAGUCUUUUUGUGAUAUAUAUAUAUAUAUUACUCAAUUACAAAGAUAACAAAGGAGUCUAAGGAGAGUAGUGUGUACGUCAGAUCUUACGCCUAUCUUGUGAAGGUAGAGAUUUUGUUUCCGAUAGACCCUCGGAUGCUUUAGUAAUAUAUGUUACUCAGUUAAGAUAUAAAUGUGUGUAUGGAAAACUAUGUCUUGCAUUUGUUGUCGGGUUGGGUAUAAAAAUCAUCCACAUUCGAU